UCCGAGUGUUUUUUGCAUAUUUUUAUUUACUUAUAAAUAAAAUGGCUGCCUGAUUACUGUGUCAUGCAUUUGCAGGAAAUUACGUUUUAUAAAAAGCGAUUGUGAUUAUAAAACUUAAUAUACGAUAUAAACUACGAUGAGCAGUCGUUACAACGACUACAGCAAAGGGUCGUCUCGAUCCGCCCGUGAUGAUUCUAGGAGCUUCAAGGAGCGUGGUUGGGAUAUUAAGGAGAGGCGCAGGUCCCGGAGCAGGUCACGAUCACCGAGAGAAAGAUACUCUCCUUCCAGCAGCUCUAAGAGCAGGAUUUCUCCAGAGAAGUCAAGAAGUCGUGAGAGAAGUUAUGAGAGCAAACCAAGCCACAGAACUUCAUGGAAUUCAAAUUCAGACUCGGAAGAAGAAGUGCCCGCCCCACCACCGCCUCCACGCAUCAGCAAGAUAUCCAUUGGGUUCACCAAACCCAAGGCUCCCAUUAAGAUGAACAUUGGUGCCUCCAAGGGCCCAACAAUGCCCAAACCGACAGUUGCUUCGGUAUUCAGUGCCGAUGACGAUGAUGAACCAGAAGAGAUGCCUGCUGAAGCCAGGAUGAGGAUGAGAAAUAUUGGAAGGGAGACUCCAACAUCAGCCGGUCCCAACUCCUUCGGCAAAACCAAGCAAGGUUUUUGUGAUGCCAAGAAAGUAUUUGAGAAAAACCUGAAACAGGCCCUGGAGACUCCGGCCAACAAACCAGUGAUGCCCAAGUUCCCACAGACUAUAUACAAGAUCAAACCAUCUUCAUUAUAAACAGAUUUCUUAUGUACGAUCUCCACCGACGGGCGCGCGGCGGGCCGCGUCUCUGCGCACGUAACAACUAGUUGAAAGUAAUUGAAGCAUCCAUACAUUAGUUAGUACCAUAGUUGCAUAGAAUUUACAAUUGACUGUCGCGGCACUCGAAUGACAGUUCAAUUCCUAAAUUCCAUUAAGUUAUGUAACUUAAUUUGCAUAUGAAUUUAAACACAUAAUACUGGGUUCUUACCAUGGGAGACUCAUAUCUCUUAUUUUAACAUGAUAAGAACCCGGUAUUACGUGUUUUAAUUAUGAUAAUAACUGUGUAACCCUCAAACAAUGCGUAUGGGUGCUUUAAUUACCUUCAGCACAUCUGUGCUGCUAUGCUCGCCGCUUGAAGAUUGUACAUUGAAGCUAUUCUAACAUAGCUGGACAGAACUACAGUUAUCAAGCAUGCAAUACAGUGUAAAUAGCCCUAAAUCAUAGACACAACUCACACCUAUAAGCUUGUGCUUCUGCACAAGGUCUAAAAAUUCCACAUUGAAGUGAGUUAUCUAGAAGCGCAAUAUUGCAAUUUGACAUUUGCGCAUAUAAAACUAAGAGUUAACAAGGUUAUUAACUAAGUUAACUAUUUAAAUGACAAUGCCCAGUAGGCUCUGCACGGCAGCCGCGCCGAGCGCGGCGCGAAUUAUAUCGAGGCCUUCGACCAAUAGCCGAUUGACCUCCAUCUACGUAGAUAGCGUUCGUAUUGUUUAUUGGUCGAAGCGCUCAAUAUAAUUAGCGGCGCGGUUAUAUACAAGUUACUAAAUCCAUCAUGUUGGUAAGGGCAGUUGGUUACAGUCCAGCAGCAGCCGUAAUACGGCAACCGGUUAUCGCGCGCGACGCGAUAUUUGAUUUGGAUUAAAUAUCGCACUGAAUAAAAUUGCUUCAUAUUAGCGCCUAGCCAAUAGCAUUCGUUUAUAUAACGCAACGCGUGCGAUAUGCGUGUAUCACACUGCACUAUUUUGCAACUUUUUGUACAUACAAGAUUUGCAUUGUAAUUCUGUCUACUUUUAAAGGCAAUUGAAAUGGUUUUUAUAAUAUAAAUCAUCAAAUGUUUCAAACAUUUAAAUGAGGCCGUUUUCUUUGUUAGCUUAGUUACAAUAACAAUAAUUCUACAAAUUUCUUAUGGUAAGCUAUGUGUGUUGAUAACUUUGUAUUGUCCUAGAGUAAAGCUGCUUGCAAAAUGGAGAAUAAGAUUGUAUUACAAUUGGUGCCUAUUCUGGCGGAAAAACACCUAAUUUUAAUUUGUUAGCUCUAAAUUAGUUGUUACAAUAAGUGCAAGAAUGAGAUAGAGCUAGUUUGUCCCCCUCGGAUUCGCAACUGGUCAGCCCUUUCAAAGUAAGUUGCUGGGUGCCUGAAUCAGCACCUACGGUGCCUAUUUGAGCAGACACAAAUUUGACAGGACUAAAACGAGCCCUAUAUCUUUCUCGCACUUAUUGUAACAACACUAAUUUAGAGCUGUGUGAAAGACAGCUAAAAUUAGGUUGUUUGUCCGGCAGAAAUUAGCACCAAUAUCUUUUAUCACCUGUGGCGUGAGUGAGUCUUUUGGUUUGACAAAAUAAUGUAGAUAAGUUACUGUAGAUUGACCACAUUUCCAAUUAAUUCUGUUGUUGCUAAAAAGAGCACAUUUUUAAGAACUUUUGCUCAUAAUGAAAUUGUAUUUUCGGAAAGUAAAUUACUAAAACCUUGUCAUUAUAAAAUGUGGUGUUUCCACAAUUCUUUCUAAAUAGUAUCUGUUAAGGAUUGUUCAGUGAAAACAAAGUUAAAUAUUUUAGCUGAAGUUAUUUUAAACUAUGUAUGUUGUAUUGUACUUAUGGAUAAUAAAAUACAAUGCUCAACUGAGUUUGAAA